AUGUUACGACGGCUAUGUGUGCCACUGUGUGUGUUACUGUCAGUCUUGCAUAGUUGCCUGUGCGAGGACCUAACCUAUUAUGUGCAGGAGGAGAGGAGUCCCGGCUCGCUAGUCGGGGACAUUGCGGCCGAUACACACCUUCUGGACCAUGUCUCACCGCAGGACCGCCGACUGAUCACAUUCAGUCAACUGCACCAGGGCGUGACCGGAAGUCCCCAAUUGUUCAGUGUUUCGAAAAAGACCGGAAAGAUUUAUACAACGCAAAAAUUGGACGCUGAGACACUUUGCAGACAUAACACGGAGUGCUUUCAGACCAUGAAGGUAGCCGUACGACGAGGAGAGUCGUUUAUAAAGAUCUUAAAGAUUAAGAUCAUUAUCCAAGACGUCAAUGAUCACCAGCCGGAAUUUCCCGAACAGAGAGUCGAAAUCGAAUUUUCCGAAAGGGAUGGAAAAGGGACGAAGAUAUCGAUCCCAAACGCCAUCGAUAAGGACGUCGGGGCCCUCAAUUCACAGAUUAAAUAUCAGAUACAGAACAUCGACGAGCCGUUUAUUCUCUCAGUUUCUCAGAGGGUCGACGGGACGUCAGAACUUUCUAUAUGUUUAGAAGAGAAGUUAGACCGAGAAGUGAAAGACUCGUACAUGAUUCAGGUAAUUGCCAAAGAUGGCGGAUCACCACCCAAACAAAGCGUUCUCGACGUCCAUAUUUCUGUGACGGACGUCAAUGACAACUCGCCUCUGUUCUCCCAGAGUGUCUACAACGUUUCGGUUAAAAAUAAUCACCAAAGAAGCCGACCCGUAGCCAUUUUGUCUACAAGAGAUUUGGAUUCAGGCAGAAACGGAAAAAUUACUUACCAUUUCAGUUCGAAGACGUCGGACAUUGUUAAGAGUCAUUUUGAACUCAAUGAGGUAACCGGGGAGAUUUUCUUAAAUAAGAAAUUUACCUCGCGACAAGACUUGACUUAUAAGCUUUUCGUUGAGGCCACGGAUGCUGGCAAUCCGCCCCUGACAUCAAUCGCCAUGGUGUUGGUCAAUGUGAUCAACCAGCAAAACAACCCCCCAAUCAUCGACGUUAACUUUGUCCGAGCGUCGCAGAAAAAUACGGCCACAAUCUCUGAAGACAUUGAAGUCGGCAGCUUCAUCGCCUACGUGAUGGUGAUGGAUCAUGAUGUUGGUCAGAAUGGGGAGGUCACAUGUGAACUCCACCACAACAAGUUUCAGCUACAGAACUUGGGCCCCAAAGAAUACAAAGUGACCAUCAACAGUCCAGUAGAUAGAGAGCGGGAGGACCACUACGACGUCACCAUCAGUUGCCAGGACAAAGGGUUCCCGCCGUUACACAGCGAAAGCAAAUUCUCCAUCCAGGUAAUGGAUAUCAAUGAUGUUCGGCCACAGUUUUCUAAGGACACUUUUAAAUUUUGGAUCUACGAAAAUCAGAAAUCCAAAUUCCCUGUCGGUUAUAUAAAUGCCACGGAUCCUGACCUGGGGCCAGGUGGUCAACUGACCUACACUCUGUUGACGAACAACAUAAACUUCAUACCUUUCCAGAUUUCAGACGAUGGCCUGAUAACGACAGUCAUGUCCUUAGACCAUGAGUUCAAGCAUAUCUAUAAGUUCCAGGUGCUGGUAAAGGACAGCGGGAACCCUUCGCUGAAUAACACGGCUAACGUCGUCGUCGAAGUUAGAGACGAGAACGACAACGCCCCGUAUUUUACUUACCCCAGCGUCAACCCUUUUACUCUGGACUUUACCUAUUACCCUCGCCACACCAACAACAUCACGGUACUGAGGGCUUCAGACAGUGACAGCCGGGAGAACGCCUUUCUCAAAUAUGAAAUAACUGGGGGUAAUGAUAACCAGCUGUUUAACAUCAAUCCAUACACUGGUCUUUUGUCGUUUACACGAGUGGUCUCUCCGCAAGAUGCUGGGUCCUAUGAGCUGGACUUUACAGUUAAAGAUAGUGGCAUUCCGGUCCAUUCCGAAAACACGACAAUCUACGUGUUACUCACUGUCAGUAACAAAUCAUCUGAGAUGCUUAAUGCCGUGCAUAUAGAAUCCGAUGAAAAGAUUCACCUUUACUUGCUGAUUGUCCUAGUUUCGGUGGCUGUAACGGUAUCAGUACCCGUCACUGCAGCCAUUUCUAUUUGCAUAAUUCGAUGCAAUGCGGAAAAGCACGGUCGGCGUUUGGAUAGAGGGAACAUGUCCGGCGGCCGGUGUGUAGUCGAACAAAGACACUUGGCACGACCUUCUGACUUGCAAACUUCCUGCAGUAACGUGCCUGUUGCUGUGACGGGCGACCCCGACAAGUCAAGGGUCGCCCAUCAGGAAUUCCUCGCCAAGGGUAGCGGUCAAAAGAGCUCAACACUGGGUAUGAAAAUCCUCACAGCAACAGAAGUUAUACAUGAGAUAUCGUAUUUAUUCUCAAGUUUGCAAGAAUCUAUCCAGAAGGAGACUUUUUGGGUGGCGCCUGACACUUCUGAAGAAGAUGCAUUCGUAAUAUUCUCAGCCCCACCGUCAGGGUUGCCAGAAAUGUAA